AUGCGGACUCGUGGCGGGGAUGCCACGGGUUCCGUACCCGCUGCUGCGGCAGCAACAGCCCGCACACUGAGGCCGCGCCAAGCCCCCGGCGCUCGGGGUGCCCUCCCGGGUGUUACCAGGCCGAGAGACGGCGGGCGGGUCACAAGGAGCUCGGCGUUGAUCGGCCGCGCCAAUCCGGUCCAAGACAACAACAACACUGUGCCCCAACCUUCCCCUCCUGGCCCUUCAAGACGGUCGCACAAGCGCUCCCGGUCAGAGGGCGUCGCUGCGAGCAGCCGCCAACCGAAGCGGGCCUGUCGGCGCCGUCAAUCGCCGGGGUUUUAUGGAGAAGAUAGCGAUAGCGGGGAUGAGCACGACAAUCCCUACAUGACCCCCGGCUCCGAAGUGCGGGAGCUCUGGGUCGACGUGGAAGAAAUCGCCUCGAAGACAUACAGAGGCCAGCCACUUGACAUUGAGGCUUUGGUGAGGAACCUUCCGCAGCUCAAGAGCAUUCGGUUCUUUCAUCAGAAAGAUGAAGCCCCGUAUCGAUCCCUGGAUGGCAGCCUUCGUUGGCAUUACCCGGCUGCCCUCUUCGAGGUGCUGAACGGAACGCCCGUUCCGGCUGGGAAUGCGGGGCCCGUUGAGCAUGCACGUCUUUCCGAAUGGCAGUGGAAUCGGCGACUGAUGGGCCCGAAACUCGACCUUGCUGGCAUUAAGCUGGCUUCACGAGACCUGGCUUUCGUUCAAAGCAUGGCGGACGCAAUCACCGCGGUGCCGACCUUGCAACAUCUCGCCAUCGAGUCCUCAACUGUCGUCAAUGAUCGGCUGCUUCCGCUCCUCCCAAAGUCUCUUCAAACUCUGGAACUGGUCAAUUGUUGGGAUGUCAAUAGCGAGGACUUCGCCUCCUAUCUCCUCUCGAGCGGGUCCCAACUCAGACACCUCAUCCUCCGCCACAACCAGUCUCUGAGCCUUUCGUUCGUCACCGUUCUUGCAACGGCAUGCCCGCGGCUGGAACUCCUCUACGUGGAUUUCAAAACGUACAAGCACCACGAGUUCUACAAAGACUCGGACCCGAGCUACGACGAGUUGCUCACAGCCGAGCAGGUUCCGGAGUGGCCCCAGAGCCUGGAGGCUCUCCACCUGCUGAACAUGAAGAAGUGGGAGGCAGAGGCAGCCGAGACCCUGAUCCAGUCGCUUAUCGACAGCGCUCCAAAGCUGCUCAAGCUCCGCCAGCUGGAGUUGAAGGCCAUGUUAAGCAUCCCCAUCCACGAGCGAUCUCAGCUCCGCAACAAGUGGGGGACCAAGCUGAAGCGGGUCUUCCUCCGUGAGAAGAAGGAUCCCAAACCCUUUUUCUCGCUGUCAAGUCCGGCACAGCAAGCAGCUACUGAGGUACGAGGGACCAGGGAGAAGAAGUCGCGCAAGACGGUCCGCGCCACCGCGGUGGAGAGCCCAUCACGGCGGAGCGCCCGGCUUGCGGCGCAAUUCUCGAAUCCCUCGUCCCGCGCCAGUAGCGUUGGCCGUGACCUGAGGAGCGGGCUGGGCAGGCCGUUUUAUGCCGAGCCGGAUACCGAUGUGGACGAGGAGGACGAGGAGCAGGAACAGGAACUGGGACAGGUGACAAUUCGGGAAGGUGAAGACAAUUCGUCUGGCGAAAACAGCUCUUCUGUGUCGCCUGCAGGUGCUCCUGCUGCGACCAAAACGGUACCCUUCCGCCACGGCAUGUGCGAGAAGGUGGUCCUUCAGCUGGACAACCAGAAGUUGGUUGAGACAGCGCUCACCAUGGAUGACUUCCUGGAUAGCGAGGGCGACGAUCUCUCGGAUGACGACUGGGCUGGUGAGGACGAGGACUUCGAUAGUGGGUAUGCUUGGUAGGGGUGGGUCGUUUGCCUCGGCUCUCCGCCCUUCCACUCCUCUUUCUUUUGAGUUGCUUCGGGAGGGCAUUUGCCUAAGGGAUUGGGUGGCGUCUCGUGGUUAUUUGCAAUGCAUGAUCUGGAGAUUGGGACAUUUGGCGCUAUGGGAUACGGUCGUGCAUCCAGGAUGGUGGCUGGUUUAGCUUGCUUCGUUACUGGAAAGGACGGGGAAGGAUAACGGAGAAUGGUACCGUAUGUGACAG